UCUUGUAGUCACUGCGGAACAGAUACAACUCCUUUAUGGCGAAGAGCUCCCAAUGGUGAUACUAUUUGCAAUGCUUGUGGAUUAUAUUUGAAAACAAAACAUACUAUGCGACCUUUAUCUUCAAUAUCGACAAUUCACCCCACGAAACAAAAAGUGGAAAGUGCAUCUGGACAAUGUAAUGGGCUUGGUGGAUCUGCUGCUUGUGCUGGAUGCCCAACUUUUAACAACCAACAUCUUCGAAAACAAGAACAACAAACAGAACUCAUGGUUUGCUCCAACUGUCGAGUAUCAAUGACUCCUCUAUGGCGAAGAGAUGAUCAAGGCAACACCAUCUGCAAUGCUUGUGGUCUCUAUUACAAACUUCACAAGGUACAUCGUCCUGUCAGUAUGAAACGAAAUGUCAUCAAGAGGCGGAAACGGGUU